AUGGUUGGUAGAGGUAGAGGAGCAGGUAUCACUAAUGACCUUCUAGAGCAGAUGACUGAAGUUCUAAAGGCACUGGUGCAUAAUCAAGAUGGAGAGCCAGCUGAGUAUAGAGGGCUUUCAUCCUUCACUAGGCAUAACCCUACAAAAUUUAAGGGAAAGUUUGACCCAAAAAGAGGCCAAAGGUGGGUGGCAGAUGUAGAGAAGAUCUUUCAUGCAAUGGGUGCAGGGAAGAGCACAAGACACACUGCGAAUGUUUGCUGGGUUGCUCCUAAAAAGAGCGGUAGUGUAAGUACUAGCCAGAGACCUGAGUCGAGGGGAAGCACGAGACCGAAAUUGAGCAUUUCAGGGAAGGUCUUUGCCAUGAGUAGGGCAAAGGCUUCACAGUUUGAGGAACUAAUUAGAGAUAAAUGUGUUGUUAAGGGCAGAUUGCUAGAUGUAUUGUUUGACUCGGGUGUUACGCAUUCAUUCGUUUCCAUGGACUGUGUGAAGUGUUUGAACUUGCAUGUGACUGAAUUGCCAUAUAAUGUUGUGGUGACUACCCCUACGGGUAAACUGGUCGUAACUUCGUGGUUGUGUCUGGGGUGUUUUGUGAUGGUGCAUGGUAGGGACUUUGAGGUAGACUUGAUCUGUUUGCCUCUUUCCCAAUUGGAUGUGAUUUUAGGAAUGGAUUAG